GUUCUCCUCACGAGAUUGCUCCUUCUUGCAACUUUAUAUUGUAUAUAUAAGGUCACCAGUUGAUACUAGGAUGUACAUCCCUUAACACUUUCCCUCCACCUAUCACAAUCAUGUCUCCCGCUACGGUUCAAUCACAACGUGCAGUCGUCCUUCACGGUCCUAAGGACCUUCGUCUCGAAGAACGCCCAUUCUGGCUUCCACCGUACAACCACGCACAAGUAGCAAUACAGUCGACAGGACUGUGCGGAAGCGACUUGCACUAUUAUCUAGAAGGUCGCAAUGGUGAUUUUGCACUCCAAGCACCUCUCGUCCUCGGCCAUGAAUCAGCAGGUGUGAUCACCGCCGUCGGUCCGGGUGUGAAAAAUUUAGCUCUCGGUCAACGCGUUGCAAUAGAGGCCGGCAUCAUGUGCAAUGAGUGCAAUUAUUGCCAGUCUGGCCGUUACAAUCUGUGUAAAGAUAUGCGCUUUGCCAGUAGCGCAAAGACCUUUCCUCAUCUUGACGGGACCCUACAAGACCGGAUGAACCAUCCAGCGCACGCUAUUCAUCCACUCCCUGAUAACUGCAGCUUUGAACAAGCCGCCUUGGCUGAACCACUGUCAGUUUUGAUACACGCUGCUAGACGAGCCAAGCUUGCUUCAGGUCAACGUGUUCUCGUGUUCGGUGUGGGCACAAUUGGCGUCCUCGCUUGUGCACUAGCCAAUGCAUACGGUGCCUCUCAGGUCGUUGCCAUCGACAUUAACCAGGCACGAUUGGACUUUGCGAAAUCGCACGGUUUCGCUUCACAAACAUACUGCUUGCCCAUGGCUGACAAGGCCAAAACGACAGAAGAGCAGCUUCAACGUGCAAAAGACAACGUCUCGACUGUCUUGUCUAAAUUCAACGAACCUGAAGGUUUCGACGUGGUCUUCGAAUGUACGGGCGCUGAACCCUGUAUCCAGAUGUCCAUUCAUGCUGCUGUCACGGGUGGCAAAGUCAUGCUGAUCGGAAUGGGGUCACGAAAUGUCAUGCUUCCGCUUUCUGCAGCAGCCCUGCGUGAAGUAGACAUUCAAGGUUCCUUCCGUUAUGCCAACACGUACCCUGAAGCUCUCAAGUUGCUUGCAACGGGCAAACUCCGCAAUAUCGAAAAACUUAUUACGCACCGCUUUACCUUGGCAGAUACCGCUCGAGCUUUUGAAUUAUUGGCUCGUGGCAAAGACGAGGAUGGAAACAUGGCGAUCAAGAUUAUAAUUGGGCCUUCAUCAUCAUAGUUCUCGUAUAUCUGUUAUUUUCAUCUUUAUAUUUAACGAACGGACUAAAAAGGCUGCGAGCGUUGUAAUGUAACUUGUCAUAUUUCGGCACAGGCAUUUUGAAUCAUCCUACGGGCAUUUGUAUGUUAUUACGCGCGCGCACUUUGCAAUACACAAUUAUUCGCAGCCACAUUUCCAUCGUGGAUAAAAGUGAAGUGAAUGGAAACGAAGUGGCGUCUUGCAAGAUCUUCUACAAAAAGCUCAUUUUGUUAUACUGGCGCGCUUGCGAGAUGGACCGGAGCCGUAGUAGUUGUAGUAGAUACAUCAAG